UCGAAAUUUGAAAUUUGUUCCGUGUAAGAUUUACAACACGUGUUUUUAUAUAAUAUGCUUUUUAUAAAUUUUAACGAAUUUUCAUUAGAUUUGGAUAUAAUAUUUUUCAUGACGAGAAAAAUGUCGAAAAAAAUUUAUUUGUUCCCCCAUUAUCUGACAAUUUCUCUUAUAAAAUGCUUGAAGAGUGGAUCAAAGAAAAUAGUCAUUUAAGAACCUUCCUUCCUAGCUACCCGAAUUCAAAUUUCUUGAAUUCUUUGAAGAUGCCUAUAAUUAAAUUUCAAGAAUUUGUUCAAUUUGAUUAUAUUCCGUUAAAAUCAAAUUCUUAUUCAUCUUACGAAAGAUUAAGUAUAUUGCUAGAGGUUAAUGAUUUUGCAUUUAAAUUUAAAGAAGCGACUUUGUGUAAAGAACGGUUAUUAGCCGAUCUACUAUUGAUGGAUUG